AGGCCAUAUGACUGAGUCAAGUUCAGUUUUUAGUUUGUAGCCGAGUUGAGAUAAGGCUUUCUGGGAAGUGUAGCCUGGUUGGACAGCAUUCCAUUUAGAAAUAACCAUGUGUGAACAGCUGGGACUCUCUUUAACACUGUAAGAAACCUGGAUAUAUAAAGUCAGCUUUGUAAGAUGUCCCUGAUGGCCAUGUCUGCCCCCCGGUCAUCUGUGUUUACAUUUGAGUCUACAGCACAUUCCUCCCAUGUGCUGCGUUGCCUGGACGAGCAGCGUUGCCGGGACACGCUGUGUGAUAUUACAGUAGUGGUGGAGGGUCAGAGUUUCAGAGCCCACCGCUCAGUGCUCGCUUCCUGUAGUGAGUACUUCACGCACAGGAUCUCCUCCCAGACACAACAUGGAGCAGUGAUCACUCUGCCACAAGAGGUGACAGUUGCUGGAUUUGAACCUUUGCUGAAGUUUGCCUACACUUCCAAACUACUCUUUGGGAAAGACAAUGUCUUAGAAAUACAGAACUCAGCCUCUAUUCUUGGUUUCAGAGACCUAGACGAGGCGUGCUUUGAUUUCCUCCUCCCUAAAUUCUUCUCUGCUAGCCAGGGCUCUGCCCCUUUUCCAAGAAAGACCUGCUGUAAGAAGAAAUGCAAGAGGCGAUUAUCAAAGGAAUACUGUGCUAUAAACUCUGAUGAUGUGCUGUUGGAUGAGAAAGAAGUAAAACCAGUUGCUGACUCAUCAUCUCAGCAGGAAGUGGCCGGGCUCGGUAACAAAUCAGUGAACAGAAAAAUGGGAAGUCAGAACAGUACGGGCACUCCUACACCUGUAGCUGAAGGGACAAAGGAUUUUAUGCAGUGCCCAAAGUAUCGCAAGUUCCAGCUAGCUUGUGGGAAGGAAACCUUUGUCACAGAGAAAAGCCUGAGCAAUCCAGUAACAGUAACCAAGAAUGACUGUGACCUACCUUGCUCAACCUACUGCAGCACGGCAAACAGUAAGAAUGAAACAGAAAGGAAUGAGGUAGAAUUCCCUAGAGAGAGUCUCUCAAAUCCGUCCAGGGAGAGCAAAGGGGAGGGCAAUGGGUCAUGGAAAGCUGAAAUACAUGACAUGAGCACAGAGGGACACAGGGGCAGAUGGGCGGUUGUGGUUAAGAAAGACACACAUGAAAGAGUGGAAAAGGAGGAAAGAGAGGUGGAUAUUGUGAAGAUGGAGAAGGAGAUGGAGCAUACCACUGCACUCACCUUUUCAGAAAGAUCCAAUGGCAAGGCAGUCUCCUCAGGGCCAAGCACAGUGCCAGGUGAGAGGUCACCAGGGUUAAUAUUACACCAUUGCCCCCUGGAGGCCACUGGUGAGGACCCUGCAAUCAGUGGGUCACUGGGGGAAAAGAGGCUUGCCAUAGACAUUGCAGAGGGAAAGAAAACAAGGGAUUCUGUUGUACUAGAGCCAGUAUCCAUUCAUCGACAGGCAGAGCAACAGGUAGAAACUGAGGGGAAAAGGGCAGAUGAUGAGAUAGAGACUGCCUGGCAAGAAAAAGGACAAGGCAGCAUGGAGCGAGCGGCCCUGAAAGUGAAUAAUGGCAGAAAGGUGGCUGAGCACCUGGCUCAGUGGCUGGGGUCCAAUCCGCCCUCUUCUCAUCUGAACUUCCAGGACCCUGAUGCAAGAAGUUCCUCUGAUACAGGGUGCAGACAGUUGCAGAGCACAUCUUUAGAAUGGCUGCAGAUGAAUCUCAGCUCCACAAGCACCGGUUGCCCAUUUCUCCAGGAUUUGGACCAAAGCAAAUGUUUAUGGAAGGGAGCUGGGUCUGAGUGCGAGGUGGCAUCUCAGUCAGGUGUGUCAUCCCUCAACUCAGGGGAGGAUGGAGACUCAGAGACAGAGGGAGACAGUGAGUCCUACACAAGGGAGAGGGCCAGGCAGGUUCAAUUACCCUUCUCUGUGGACUGGAUUGUGGAUCUGAGUAGAAAUGACUUCCAACAGUUGCUGAAACAACAGGUCUUUACACGUGAACAGCUGGAGUUUGUCCAUGAUAUGAGACGGCGCAGCAAAAACCGCCUUGCAGCCCAGCGCUGCCGCAAGAGGAAAUUAGACUGCAUAUACAAUCUACAGUGUGAAAUCAACAAACUGAAGACGGAGAGGGAGAAACUGAUGACGGAGAAGAGCAAUCUGAGCCAGAUGAAGUUGAGAGCACGUCACAGUGUUUCUGACUUGUGCCAGAGGGUCUGCAGUGAAGCCAACCUGCAGCCCGAGCAGCUCCAGGUGUUGGCCAAAUACACAUCUCCAGACUGCCCUUUGUCCUCUUUCUUUCCUCACAUAGACUCUCUCCUUUUACGUCACCCCCAGGCUGCAUUCUCAGCUUCUGCCAUGGGUCAUGACAAAUAUAUGGCAUCUGAGGAGGCUUCGUCCAGCUCGAGCAGGGACACAGGCACAGGGGAUAGUCAAGACUCAGGGGCAAAUUAGAUACACAUCCAAGGACACCCACUGUACAUCAACUUUGUAUGAAACCCAUAGGAUAGUGAAAGUUUGGUUAUUAAACCAAAGGUUCCCACCCUGUGUCAUUUAAAGACGUUACCAUGGACAGGCUGCAAGAUAAAGCAGUGCAUCACUUAUGUCAUCCUAAUAGGACGAUGCAAUUAUAAUAAAAAGGCCAUAAUUACAA